AUGUACAAACCCCCAACUCACAAGCUCCAUAUCCACAAACGAAAAAAACCACAAACCCACAAGCUGCCAAACUCCAAACUGAGAAACCAUACGCCCCCGUACCUGAAACCCACAAACUCCAUAUCCAUAAAUGCACAAACCCCAAACGCACAAAAUCUACCAACCCCAAACCCCAAACCCAGAAACUCACAAACCCUAAAUUUACAAACCCAAAAAAACCAAACCCACAAACCCCAAGCCCCAAGCCCACAAGCUUUAUAUCAACAAACCAACAAAUACCAAACCAAAAAGCUCCAAAUUCACCAACCAGAAAUCCAAAAACUCCGAAUACACAAGCUCUAUAUCCACAAUGUACAAACCCCCAACUCACAAGCUCCAUAUCCACAAAUGAACAAACCACAAACCCAAAACCCAGAAGCUGCCAAACUCCAAACUAAGAAACCCUAA